AUGGUCCUGCUGAUACGCGUGCUCCCGGACGUGCAGCUCUCCAUCUUUGCCAACAUGCUGGGUGUCUCACUCUUCCUGCUUGCUGUUCUCUGUCACUACAUGGCCGUCAACAAUCCCGAGAAGCAGGAAUGA